AAUCUGAAGGCACCGCAGCCACCUUGAAAUCUACAGAAAGUCCAUGUUGCAGAUUCACUUAAUUGUAUUAAGUCUUGGCCCAUGAACUAUGUCUGGGACGGAGCCGACAGCUAAAGGACGGACCGAAAAAAGUUUCAGCUACGUUGUCAGAGCCCCCAGCAGCGAUGGGUUUGAUAUAAUGAACGUCAAUGUGAAGAUUGACACGUCCUGGAUCUUCCAGGAUGUAGAGGAGACUGGUGAGGAGCCGGGAUGUCUUCCAGAAGAAGCAGCUAGAAGCCCAGACAUGGACACGGGAACACUCAGGAAGCAACUGGAAUCCUCAGAACAGAAGCUGUUGGUAGCUGUGGACAAGUACGUGAUGUCAGAGUCUGGGCUGAGGAGCAGAAUUCAGGAGCUGGAGCUGUCGGAGAGGAAACUCCUCCAGAAGGUGGACCAGCUGAGCGCCCUCGUGUUCCAGGAGAGAAGUGCCUCUCUCCGGGCCCAGGAGCAGCUGGAGGCGCUGCAGGGGGAGCUCGCCAGCCAGGUUCAGGAGAAGGAGCGCGCGGCCCGGCGGCAGCGGUGGUGGCUGCGGCGGCUGCGGGAGCGGCUGCGGCGCAAAGACGAGGCGCUGGGGCUGCAGGCGGCGGCCCUGGAGCGCGGCCGGCGGCUCCAGCGGCGCCAGCUGCGACUGGUGCGCGAGCAGGAGCGCAUCCUGCGAGCGCAGGUGCAGCGGCUGGAGUUGGACGUGCGGCGCCUCUGCCACGCCGCGGGCCUCCUGCUGGCCGAACUGGACGCCCCGAACCAGGGUGGCCCCCGACCCCCGGGCCCGACCAGUCCCCGAGGCGCUCCCGAGGAGGCCGCGGAGCCGCGCGCGCUGCGGGCCAGGGCCGAGCGCGGCGAGCGCGAGCGGGACCAGGCGGCGCGCCGGCUGCGGGAGCAGCGCGCCACCGAGCGGCUGCUCCGCGGGCAGCUGGAGGAACUGCGCUGCUGCAUCUAUGGGCUGAAGCUGUCGGAGAUCGGCCUGCAGGGCCAGGUGGAGGAGCUCGCCCAGCAAAACAGGUGCCUGCGAGAGGAGCUGGGAGCCCAGGCCCCCCGAGAGAGAGCGCUCAGCACGGCUCCUGCUGGUCACGGUAGCCUGGUAAGUGGCCGCAACCCAGAGCACGACCACUCUCCAGGCAGCCAUCCAGUUACCCUUCACCCCUCCUCGUCUGUUUCCUCCUGUCCGUCCAUCUAUCUGACAUUUGAUGGGUCCCUGCCUGUGCCAGGCCCCGUGCUGGGCGAGCUCCUCCACGUGCAGUAUGACAUUAACUGUCAUGGUCUCGAGGCCCUGGGCUGUGUUCAGGAUGAAUCGCUGCCCCUGCCCUGGGAGGAGGCUCCGGAUGCCUGCGGAAACCGAGGCCCUGACGGGGCCCCUGGACCAAGGGGCUCGGCAGGCCAGCCCUCCGAGGGGCCCCGCGCCUGGGACUGCAUCGGGGCUGGACAAAGCACUGCUGUCUUGAUCCCAGGCCCGGAGACCACGGACAAGCUCCCAGGAGACCUCGCAGGAUCUGCCCGUGGACAGUUUACUCCGGCUGAGCCCAGCUUGGGCGAACAGACUCUCCUUCUCAUCUGUGGCUGCCCCCCGGGGCAGGACAUGGACGGCUCACUCCUCCCGGUGGAGCUGGCCUGGAUUUCAGAGCAGAACCUAGCAGCCACCCUGGCCCAGGUGUCCUUCCUCCCAGUGCAGACAUGCACACGCCCUCCCUGGGGGCAGGCUGGGGACUCGGCUCCCCUGCCACUACUGCAGCUGCUCCUGGAAGAUUCCCCAGAAGAACUGCAAGCCCAACAGCUGCUGGAGGCCAGGCCUCCGCCUGCUUCCUCCGCUGUAGGACACCCCAGCCGGGAUCAUCGCCCGGCAAGGAGCCACGAUGCCUCCCUCUGCCGGGAGUCCCCAUGCAUUUCAAAUCACCGAUUUCCCAGGAGAGGCCCCAAGGACCUAAAAGACUCUUGCAAGGAGGGAGGAGGAACCCCAGGGCGGAGACCGGAGAUGCGGGAGGCGAGGAGGACCGGCGGCAGGAAGGAGGACGACCUCGGUGCCAGGGCUCAGUCAAGUCAGGAAAGCCGUGAGAACCUGAGCCUGGAGGCUGGUGUCAGGGCCCCAGAGGGUGUAUGGAAUGAGCACGGGGCUUCCGAACCCCCGGCUGCAACCUCCUGCCCUGGGCCCAGGCGGGAGCUUCCACGGCCCCUUCUUCAGGGGGAGGCCUCAGUGUCAACGGAGGGUCCUGAAUCCCUGAGCAGGAGGGGGUGGGGGGUAAGGCAUGUCUGGAGCCCCCAAGAAGGAGGAGAAGGGGGAGAAGGGGGAGGAGGGCUUUCAUCAUCAGAGGAGGAAGAGGCCCCCACAGCCGCCUUCUCCAGGGCCCACGGCACCAAUGGGCCGCCUCCGGCAGGUGCUCCAACCCUUGCAGAGCAGGGCAGAGCCAUCAGGAGAGUUCUGGGCAAGGAGGAAGACUGCGUGUGGUCUGGAAAUGCUCUGCUUCUCCCAGAGGAAAGCCCUGAGGACAAAGGACAGGAAGAGGAGGUGGAAUUGUCGCAUCUCCAAGGGUCCAGCCCGGGCCACAGGGAUGUCCGGGAGGAGCCUGGCUCCGAGGACUGUGAAGCCAAGGAAAUGCUUUUCCUACUGCAGGAGGGAGGUUUGCCACCAUCUCCUGGAUUGGCUUUAUGGCCCGAGGGGGCCCGACCUACCAGUCACCCCUGGGCUCCGAGCAAAGGCCGUGAGGGAUCUGCGUUAAAAAUAGAGGAAUUUGAAGAGGAGAUGGAGGCUUGUUUCCAGCAACUCUCCAUCCUGAAGCCUGGGAGUGGGGGGCAUGGCCGGAAAGCUUCCUCGUUGGCAGGAGAGAACUGGAGCUUUGCUCGGAGAUGGUACAGCUGCCAGGAGGACGCGUAUCCUCAGCAGGCUUUGGCAAACCAGGAUCUCGAUAUUUGUUAUGCCAAGGAAGCGAACCCCGAGGAGCCUGAUGAAGACGUUAAGCGGGGAGAGAAUGAGGCCGUAGGCACUGGCGAAGUUCUUCCAGGGCCGGUGCUGGAUUUGGUCAGCCUGAGCCCGGGCCCGCCAGAGGGGCCCUCUGAGUGGGGUCGGAACCAGCUCUCUCAGCAGCCGAGGGCCCUCGAGAGAGCGAGGACGAGGUUUCGUCAGCUCAUUUCUGGAUUGAAGACGGAGAGAAGCAGAGUUUUACGUGACAACGCCAAGCUUCAGGUAGAUCAGGAACGAUGCCACAGAAAACUGCGUGUCCUGGAAAAAGAGAGGGAGAGAAAUGUGAAAAAAAUAUCUGCGCUCAAACAGGAUAACGGCGUGCUGUUAGGAGACAUCUCUCACGUAAAGAGGGAGCUGGACCAGUACGUGCAGGUCAUUUCUGACCUUGAAGACUGUAACAGGAAAAGUUACUGCAAAAUUUCUGAGCUCGAAGAGGAAAACGAGAGAUUGAAAGGGCACCUUGGGCAGCUCCGGAAAGCCAUGUCUGCGAGCAUCCGAAAAUCCAAAGGCGUGAUGGAGUGCAUCACCCUGGAAAACUGGGAGCUCAGUGCACUGAUUUCGGAGCUUGGGGUCAGUUAUAAAGAGCUGAUAAAGGAUAUAGUGCUGGGAAUAGAAGACAUGAUCCAAGCCUUCAGGGGGGAGAAUGAACACCUUCUACAAAGGAUCCAAGUCCUGGAGGGGGAAGUCGUGUGGGGGAGCAGCACAGAUGUGGGACCUUUGGUGAGAGCAGAGGAGUAUCUCCAGGGAAAAAACAUGAUGGCGGUGGACCAGGUGAACGCUGUAGAAAGGGGGGUGCAGGUGACUGAGCUUCCAGGGCAACUGACUGCAAGAGGCCCUAGGCCACCCUCGGAGCAGGAAAUGGGUCUGGCUGGAGUGUGGACGGAACCUUGUUUAGGCCUGGAGAAUUCCAGGUGCAGUGCUGAUUCUCCUGCUACAUCACUGGUCUGGGGAAACGCCGCAGGAUCCAGUGCCCUGCAAGGAAACACCGAUGGGGCAGGAGUGAACGAAGCACAUUUGGAGAAGGACGACAAAAGACCACGGUGUUCUGCAGACCAAGGGCGAGCUCUGAAGUCCCCACGCAGUGGCCCCCGGCUCCAGGACCCUGAAGCUGAGGCUUCCAAGGAGGACCUCAGGCUGUGCGUCAGACAACUGCGUCACCAAGUGCUGACCCUGCAGUGCCAGCUCCGAGACCAAGGGUCUGCACACCAGGAGCUGCAGGCUUCUCGGGAUGAGGCUGCCCGUCUCCGGUGUGAGCUCAAGGACAAGCUUGAUGCACUUCAGAAAAAGCACCAGGAAGCAAAUUUGGCUGUGACUCCUCUGAAGGCUAAGCUGGCUUCCCUGGUCCAGAAGUGUCGGGAGAGGAACCACCUGAUCACACACCUGCUCCAGGAGCUGCACAGACACGGGGUGGAGAACCACCAGCUCUCCGAGACGGCAAGCAACAUGGUGAAUGACGCGGCGCUGGCUGAGUACGCGGCCACCUUCCUGGCUCCGGGGGUCCCACAGACGAGCCAUCACCUGGACGUCGAGUCUGAGAAGACAACAGUUGUCAGAGCUCAGAAAUACCUCCUGAAUCCUGAAAUGGACAGUGUCCUCCAAAGACCUUUGCAUUCAGAGUCCUGGCCUAUUCCAGAGGCUGAGUGGCCAGCACAGACAGCUCAACUGGGUUCUUUGAAGCUUCCCUGGCCCUCGGGGCCGAUGCCCGACCCUGGAAUGUGCCAGGCUUCCAUCGCUGUGGAACCAGGGCUCCCUGUACAACGUCUGCAAGAAAAAGGUGGAAUGUCCUGGCCUGGCCUCCAAGCUGAGCACCUCCUGCCAUCCCCCGAGCUCCUGAGCCCCGCAAGGAUCCUGGCUUUGCAUCAAGAACUUCGACAAAGCAUCUGCAGCACUUCCCAGGUCAAUAAGUCACCGUUGGAGUUAUAAAUGGAAUAGGACCACUUACUCUCUGGGGCCAUUUCCUAGACUCCGUAAAUAUCUGAAGCAGAACUUUCAGAGAACGUCUUAAGAAAUUGGUGGCAAUCAAAACCCUCAUUCAGUGGCAAGUGGCUUUGCCUGUGGCUUGGGGAUCUGUGUUGAUUGUCAGAGCUCAAGAGAAAUACUGGACUUGCAAAUUCUUAGGAGUCCAGCUUUGCAAAUAUCUAGGCGGCAAAGGGAAUAUUUUCUGUUCCAAAACCUACCGAGUGACCGGCCCAGUGGCUCUCCACUGGGUACGAUCCCCCCAUCCCGCAGGGCAAAAUUUGACAACGUCUGGAGAAAUUAUUUGUUGUCACAGCUGGGAAGCUGCCACUGGCAUCUAGUGGGUAGAGGCCAGGGAUGCUGCUAAACACCUACAGUGCACAGGACAACCUUCUAGAACAAAAAAUUGUCCAGCCCAAAUGUCAGCAGUGCCGGGGUUGGGAGACUCUGCCCUGAUCUAAUAGCUCCUAACAUUGUCAGCUGCAGAGAACUGUUUUGUUAUUUUCCUGCCUGGGGCCCUUCCCCAUGUUUUAAAAGAUUUUUUUUCUACCAAAGGAGACAAUUUAAGUAAUUAUCUCUUUCACAUUUUAAAACCUUAAAACCAGUCAGAACUUUCUGAUAAGUCCAUUCAUUCAACAGACAUUUGUGGACAUCUAAUAUACACCAGGCAAUAUGAUAUGAGGGAGAAAGAGGUGAGUCCACAUUGGCCCCUGCCCCAGGGGCUCACAGGGCAGCAGAGGCACACAGGUAAACAACUGACCGUGCCGUCAUGGUUAAGUGUGCCGUGAGAUGUGAGACAAAGGGCUUUGAAGCCAGUUCUGCCUGGCUUUGGGGAAUGGGAGGUCAUUCCAGAAGGAAUGGCUGAGCAGAGCCCAUAGACCCAACGAGGUAAGGUGUUCAGUACAUGGGUGAGGUGGGGAAGGAGGGAACAGCGUGGGCAAAGGCUCUGAGGAUGAAACUGAACUUCGGUGUGCCACCAGAGGGGGGCUGUGCAGAGUAGCCCUUUGCCAAGCCAGGUGCAAAGAGUCACUGCCUCAUCCCUACCCAGCACCACUUACUUCCUCCGGGAACAGGACCCUGCCCUGACCCAGGUGUGGGACCCAGAGGUAGAAGAAGAGUCAAGGGGGCUUGGGCCACAGGUGCCCAGAUCCUGUGCCCGGGCUCACCGAUCAGAGACAUCAUCUCUCUCCUUAGGAGGGGCUGGUGACGGGCUUGUCACAUAAGGACAAGGAAGGACCAGGACAAGAAACCGAGGGCUCCCGGGGCAGUAGGCAAAGCAUAUUGAUUUUAUUUUAAUGUAUUUUAGCUUUGUAUGUGGAAAUGAAAAGCGCAAAGAGUUCCCACACACCCUCACCCAGCUUCCCCUGACGUUAACACCUUACGUACCUAACCAUAGCCCAAGGACAGAAAUGAAUGCAUUUAUUUUGAGGAAAACUGUGGGGGGGUGGGAAACAAGGCAUAAGAAAAGCACAUCCAUGAGCGAGCAUCAGCUCAUCAAGCCGCCACCAUCUUCAUUAGCCCAUGGGACUGUCAUGGGUCAUCACGUCCGUCCACAGUCCCCUGGAUUAGGUUACCAAUGGACCCACCCAUUCAUUUGUUCAUUAAGCAUUUAAUUUAACUGCCAUGUGAGCUCCGGAACCUCGGGUAGGUGCUGGGAAACAAGAAUCCAGAAGAUGCCCAUCUCCAUCCUCCAGAACCUGUGAGCCCUGUGGCCCCAUCACACACCAAGGAGUCCCCAGGUUGGAAACCAAUGCAGUCAUCACUUUCACGGUUUGAAUCAGCACCGCCACCCCAUAACUGCCAUUGUGCGGUGUCCUGCAGAGCUGAUCUGUACGCUGGUUUGCGCUCACCUCUUCUGCCCUCUCCUCCCUUUUUCCUGGGACAAUGCCAUCAGCUUUGAGCACCGGGACUACGCGGAAGACAGGCUAUGAACCAGCUGAUGUCAGGGUGAGCGGCCAGCUAAGCCACAGGGCUGAGCCUGCCGGAGGCAGUCAAAGCCAUUUCUGGUCCCCAGAUUCUCCCACCAGGUUCAGACAUCCGUGUUCUGUCCCUUAAAUUCUCCCUCCCGCCUCUGCUCACAUGCUGGGCUUCAGCAGAAAGGCCACCGGGGAAAAUCCAUUAAAGAAGCCGCGGCAAUCUUUGCAGCGUGGCCCGAUGAUUCCAUAAUAAAUCACGUUCUGAAGCCAGGAGCCACUUCUUAUUAACCUGAGCCGUGAAUCCGCCUGGGGCGGCACUUUGGAUUUCCUCAAGCUGGGUCACUGCUUUGUGCUGUGAUUCCUCCUGGUGACACGUUUGCGAUGGUGGAUGGUAGACUGCGGCACUUUCCUUGCCUCGACCGAAGACUCCCAUCCUUGGAAGGGGCCCCGUGUUCCCCUGCUGCCCCCUUGGUGGGCCUGAUGGGGCCAGGGCCCAGCCUGGUCAGAUGCUCCCAGGCGAGGGACAGGACCUGCUCGGGCGACCGAGUGGCGACAGGCAGGAACCCAGCCCGCAGGAGCUGGCUCGGGCCGCCCCUCCCACCACGAGUGACCCAAGGCCUCUGGAGAUCAGCCAGAUGGACCAGCCCAGCUGCCUCUGCAGAAAACAAUUUGUCACACGGGGCUGUCAGCAAGCAGCAGUGGACGCCUUCUUGGGGGCGCCUGGCCGAGCUACGCAGAGAAGGAGCCCUGAACACAGUGAGAAGCUCAUGGAGAAUCUCACCUUCUCCAUUUUUGUCCUGUCCCCGUGGACCUGCCGGCUGCUUCCCUACAGCUCCCAGUGAGAACAAACAAAGGAAAGAAGACAGCACAGAGGCAAGCACACCAAACUGGAAAAUAUUUACAUCCCUCCCAACUGACUAGCGGAGCCGAGGUGGCCCCAUGAUUUGCGAUCCCUUCCAGGGAGCUGAGCUACAAGCCAAAUGACCAUCUUCCUAUUUCAAGUCACUCUUGACAACGUCUCUACUCUGUAUAAUACCAACCAGGGAACCAAAGAGAUGGCUGUUAACUGUCAGAAGCCCGUACGUAUUGGCACAGAGUGGCGGAAGGAGCCGGGGGCUGGAGUCCCAAGGUCCUGGCUGGCUCAGCCACUCCUAAGCUUUGUUCCUGCACGGAUUACUAACCUUCUUAGAAUUUCCACUUCUUCAUCGGUUUGAGGGGCCUAAAGCCUACUUGAGAGUUUUGUUCCGACAACCUAAUGAGCUCGUGGCUGCGACAGUGCCCUGAACACUAAGGUGCUUCCCAUGUGUCAGGGAUCAUUGUCGUUGGUAAAGUGUGAUUCCAUCCUCUCUCACUCAUGCACUGACGUCUGCUCAGGAGGGCUGUCUGCCGUAAGUACUCAUCACAGUUCUACGUAGCUGCCACCCAAGAUGGGUGAUGUGAGGCCUGGCAGCAUGAUGGUUUAAGAGACAUCUGAGUAGUCAUCUUGCUAUUCUAGAGCUCCUGCUGGGCUAGCCUGUGCAAAACAUUGUAUGUGUGUGAGCACUUUCCUAGGGAGAGAGGCCAUGGAUUUCACUAGAUUCUCAAAUGAGACUGGGACCCCCAAGCGUCAAGCACUGCUAGUCUAGGGGGGAAGGACUCUUAUUAAGGAACCUGGAGACCCAGCUCUGCCUCUAACUGGCCAGUGACUUUGAGGCCAUCCCUUGGCAUCUCUGGGCCUCAGUUCCUCAUCUGUGAAAUGGGUAUGACCGCGUGCCCUCUAGCAUCCCUCCCUGCUUGGACCUCUGAUGAGUCUGUAGGCCCUCCGUGCGUUGAGUCCUCCGUCAGAGGAGGCUCGUCCCGCUGCAGCAAACAUCAUCUGGGUCCUUUCUGUGGGGUAGCCUCUGGUCAGCUGGGAAGGUCCUGAACCCCGCCUCUUUGCUUCCAGAAUAAGCGGAGAUUUCUUCUUUCCUAAACAUAAGUCACUUCAGGCCACUGUGUCCAUGAAUUUCCCACUCCCCACAAAUAACCAAAGCACCCCAAAGUGCCCGAAGUACUGCAGCCCUGUUUCUGCUCGUCUGGCCCAGCAGUUAAAGAGCAUUGUGGCCCAGUGGCUGUGCUCAGACCGAGAGGGUUUGCCCCUUCUUAAAGACUUCCCUGUAAACUGCAGGGCUGUGAGGUCACCUCAUCCAGCAACCAAGGGGCUAACAGGGACAGCUGAAACCUUAGCACCCCGAGAAAGGCCGAAUGAAAAGCAGGCUGUGCAUGGUGCAACCUGAUUGGCUGAGUUCUUUCUUGAGGCAGAGGUUGACGGCAGGAAGGCAGCUGGUGGGGGUGGGGUCUGCCCUCACGUCUGGGACCUCAGCAGAACCACGGCUGGGCUCACACAGCUCCCACGACCCAUAGGACAGACCUCAGAGAGUUCCUAGUCUAUAGUCCUCAGGCCAGAUCUGGCUCACAGACAUGUCUUGUUUAGCUUAUGUUUUUUGUUUUGUUUUUUAAUUGAGGUUAAAACAUGUGUAGCAUAAAAUUUACUGUCUUAACCAUUUUUAAGUGCCCAGUUCACUGGCAUUAAAUGCAUUCACGUCAUUGUGUAACCAUCACCACCAUCCGUCUCCAGAAGAUUUCCAUCUCCCCAGUUUGAAACUCUGUCCCCAUUAAACACUGAUCCCCUAUUUUCCCCUUCCCCAACCCCUAGCAAGCUCCCUUCUACUUUCUGUCUCUAUGAGUUUGUUGACUCCAGGGACCUCAUAUAAGUGGAAUCACACAGAAUUUUUUCUUCUGGGGCUGAUUUAUUUCACUCAGCGUAAUGUCCUCAGGUUUCAUCCACGUGGUAGCAUGUGUCAGAAUUUCCUUCCUUUUCAAGGCUAAGUAAUACUCCAUUGUGUGGGUAGAUCACAUUUUGCUUAUCCAUCUACCUGUUGGUGGACAAUUGGGUUGCUUCCCUCUCUUGGCUAUUGUGAAUAAUGCCAUGAACAUGGGGGUACAAAUACCUAUGUUGUAUUUGUUAAUAUUGGAAUUAGCAAAUAACAUGUAAAAGCCAAGAGAUUUCUCAUUAAUAUCUGGAUUUCUGGCUUCUUUUGGAAAAAUAGUGAAUGGCAACUCAGGGCUUCUAGCUUCCUGGCCACACUCAGAGCUGAAUGAGGCCAGCCACUCCCUCCCCUACCGACAGGCACACAGCCUGGGGUGCCUCAGGUCCCCAAUCCCUCCUGGUCUCCUCCUCGCUCCCCACCUCACCUGCCUGGUCUGCCCAGCACCCUCCAGUUAUGGGUAGAAACAGAGACCAGAGAGGCACAGUGAGCUGUGCCCAAGGUCUCAUGGGUGGGAUUGUGAUGUGACUGCUGUCAUCCAGGAAGGCUUGGACUGGAGUCUGGUUCCAGCUCUGCCACUUGCCUGCCCCUGUGACCUUGACCUUUCUGAGCCUAAGAUUCCUCUUUCGGAGGGAAAUGGGAGAGACGGAACCUUCUCCGACAUCCUUACGGGAUCGUUGAGACAGAAAGAAGGGGAUGCGUGGUGACUGGAAUGUGGGGUUGGGAUAUGAGGGGCUUAUUAACAGCACAGACGGGGCAGGCAGCUUAGGGUUUGGGGGUCUGUUUCUUCAUCUGCAAAAUGGGAAAAGGGACCAUGCCUCCCCCACGGGCUUAUUCUGAGGAGUAACUGAGACAGGGAAGGUUAGAGCCCCAGCAGAGGGCUUGGCACACAGCAGGUGCUUCACACGGGUUACUUUGGAACAGGUGAGGGCUGCGUUCAAGGGCUCCAAAUCCCCACGGCAGCAGAGCAACACCCAGCAAGAGAUGUGAUGUCCUGGUGUCACCGGGACAGCCUGGCUGCCGAGUCCUUCAGCCUGAUUUCAGAGCCUACCCUCUGCCUUUUACCUUCUGGGGGCCCUGGCAGGUCAGCCGCCUCUCUGAGCUGCAGACCCCCAGCACAAGGUGGGUGAGAAACGUAAGGUGCUUGGCACAGAGUCGAUGCUCAAUAGAGUUUAGUUUCCCUCCUUCCCUUCCCAAGCAGAAGUCUCUCUCUCAGGUGAAAAGUAUGGCAUGUUUUCCGAAUAUUUCCAAAAAAAAAAAGAGGAAGAAGUGUAGUUUCUAGCCUCCCACUGGAGCUCUCCCGGGUUCGUGUGUUCUUGGGGUUGAGGUGUGUCGCUCACUGGGGCUCCUUCCUUCAUCCAACCAGCAUAAGUGCCAGGGACCGCUACAGACCUGGAGUUACAGCAGGGAACAAACAGACCGAAUUCCUGUUCCCGUGGGCAGGUUUUAUAUCAGUCAAUAGGUUAGUUGGCCGAUCAUCGCUCAUGAAGUGCUUCUUCUGAGCUGGCUUUACGAGGGGCCCUGGCUUCACCCUCAAGGCUCAUCUCUGUUGCUGCAUGUGCUUUGCCCCAGAAGGCAUGCUUGUCCUGAGCCCCUACUGUCACCCACUACUGGGUCUUUCUACCCACCGUGCUGUUUCUGUUACCUCGGUCCAUCUCAGAGUCCCUGCCAGGGGCCUCUGAGUCACUUCAGGGCCAGUGAGACCCUCCUGAGGGGAGCCGUCCAUCCCACUGUACCUGGGAAACCUAAGAGGCCAGGUGUGGCCCCGGCAGAGCCUCACCUAUUUACCUUUAGGCUUUGGAUGGGUGAAACGGGAAGGUGGAUGGAAAAAGCCCUUGGUCAGCUCUUAAGUUCUGCAUAAAUAUAUAGGAUUUGACCUUCACGUGAUGGAGAGAUGAGAGACUACCUGGUGUAGGAGAGAGAUUCGGGUUUAAAACAGAAUCACUGGUCUGGAGUCAGGGUUCUGCAACCUCUUAGCUCCGAGAUCAUGGGAACUUCACUUCCCCUCCUCAGUUUACUCACUUGGCAAAUGGAGCAAUAAAAUACCUGCCUUAGCACCUGCUGGGAGCGUUAAUAGAUACACUGCAUUAUGGGAAAGCACUUUGCAGACUUCAGUGUGGUGCAUACACUUUCAUGUCAUUAAUUCACAUCAUUAGUUAAAUGCACACCCAUUAUGUACCUACUGUGUGCUAUUAUGAACAAGGUGGUCUGUCUUAUGACAGUUUGGAAGAGGUAUCCAGGCUAAGGAAGAAGAGAAUUGCUUGUCAGAUGGUUGUACUGCACAUUCAUAGAUCGUGAUUAGCAACAGCCAGCGAGUUGGCAUGGCAACAUUUCCCCAUGAACUGCUAGGCAGUGUACUUAAAAUAGGUUCACUAGAGGUGUGGCAGAAGCGAAGACACACAGAGUCCACGUGGUCUGAUGGCUCUGCCCUUCCCAGGCAGGCCAGUAGUGCAGUAAUUAAAAUAACAGAUCUGGAAGCGUCCAUUGUUAGAGCUAGAGACUUUAGCAGUAGCACCUUGCCUUUUCCCAUUUGAUAGGUGAGGAAACUGAAGCCCAGAGAGGUUAAGUGAACACCCAUAGUCACACAGUCUCUUGAUGGCAUAUGGAGCCGAAUCUGGUUGUGAUAUUUCAUACAGGGUUCUCCAGCUGUGCCAUGAUGCCCGUUCUUCUGAUUUGGAAUUUUAGAUCUGGGUCUGAUGCAACUAAUUUUCUAAUGAUUACAAUCCACAUGUCAUCACUUACCAACAUUUAUUCUAUCAAAGAAUUUUCCCCAUGUUUCACCCUGGGGAAGCCCUGAAUCCCAAGAUAUCACGAAAACUCACUUACUUCUUAGCUAGGCUGAGAUGAUUGUAGUUUAAAUCCACCCCUUCACAGCCUUCCCUACCUUAGUUUCCCAGUGUGAAAAUGAAGCAGCAUCGUUGAUCAAAAGUUUAUGAAUCUCUCUGUGAUGAGAUUACUGUAUGAGCUUACUCAUCCAUCAUUGCAGAGGACGGGGAGCCCAAAUCCUUUAAAAGAUGAGUUUCUUUCUUUCUAUUUGUGUUACUCAGCAAUUUGUUGAGUAAACUUCCAGACUCGAGUGUGGCUUUUUACAUUCAGGCUGGUAAGCUAUUUUUUAAGAGAUUCACAGCUCUUGUUUAAUUCCAGGGUGAAGUUCCAGGUCUGGAAUGAGAAACUUCUUGAGAACUCAGUCCACAUCGGAAAAUAGGGUGCUAGACAUUUCUGACAUAUUUUAGACAUCAGCCUCUUUUUCUGUAUUCAGACAGUGCCUUGCAGAUGGAGGGGCUCUGGGCUGGGAGUCAGGGGACAGGUGUGGCAUGAACCCUGCCACGCCCCCUCUCUAGGCUACCAGUAGAAGAUUGCCCUCUGUAGUGAUCAUUCUUCACCCUGGUUGCAUGUUGGACUCACCUGGAGAGCAGUUAGAAGUCCGAUACCCAGCUCCCUCUCCAGGCCACCUAAGUCAGGUUGUCUUGCGUGGGUCCCAGGCAGAGAUCUUUAAAGAGCCCCCCAGUGAUUCUAAUGGGCAGCCAGGGAGAGAACCACAACGCUAUAGCCUCACAGUCCCUUUUCGUUCUCCCAUCCCGUGUGUUAAUUAAAUUCCCAGAUGCCAUCGUGUGUUUCUUUUGUGUCAGACUCAUUUAUUUUUGUUCCUUGCUAGGAAAGAGAUGUAUCCUCAGAGUUGACAGGAAGAUAGUUCUCAUCUUUGGAAUAUUUUGGACCAUGCGUCAGCGUGGUAACUUCACCUUUUAAGCAGCUAGCGGACCUAUGAAAAUGAAAUGCGUAGCAUGCUGUAGCAUUCAACUCCACUGAGAGCAGAGCUGGAUGCCAAGCACUUGGGGGCUGAUCAGGGCAUGGUUACGCGAAAGUUCAGAUUAUACAAUUGAGCGAUGCAAUAGGUACACAAAGGAGAUUUCUUGGGUACAGUUGCUUGAAUCCUGAAAUCUUCCAGAAGUAGAUAUUCUAAGUCCAGUGUGAUAUAUAAAUUGACCAGUUGUGUAAGCAAAUAGAAACAGAUUUCUAUUCGGCGUUUGCACCAAUGGCCAGCUGGGUUCCUACCUGGCUCUGAAAUAAAUUUUUUGGAAAUUCUCUGGUACUUUAAUGGGCAGAGAAGAAGAAAGCCCUGGGGUUUGUGGAUGUAUUAGGUCCUCUUUCCUGUUUUGUGAGAGUUUCUAGAAAAAGAUAGUAUAUGCCUUGGAUCUAAAACUGCUUUUAAAAAGUCAGUAGGCUUAGGAUGGAAGGAUUGGGCUUGCUUUAUCCCGUUUCUCUAAAUCCUACUCUGGUUUCAGCAAGCACAGCUCCCGUCCAAUCUGACGUCUGCAUCCUUGGCAUAAAGGUAUUACAUAGAGUCGUGGGAAGACUAAUGCGGGAAUUGACACCAUCAAAAUAAGGUUUGCUUUAAUAACGAUUUUUUUUGUCUUUGAAAAACAUCAUCAGGCUAUGCCCAAAGGUAGACUGAUGAUACCUUUAUAUGGUGGUAGAAUAAGGGAAGAGAAAGACGAAUGUGCUGAAAACUCGGUAUCAACUCUAUCAAUAUUUUCUUUUUAAAGUAAAGUGAUAUAACACAUUGUUUGCAAAUAGGACAUUGAAAGUGAUGGGGACAAUAAAUAUCUAUGCAGCAAUGUUAUAACUAUUAACUCUUAGACUUUACAUCGGGACAAGGACAAGUUCUGCCUGUCACAGACAUUGGAGAAUGGGUUAUGGGCCAGAUACCUGGGGUUCGAACUAUGACUCUGCCACCAACUGGUUGUGCAAGCUUGAAUGGAAUACUUACCUCUCGCAGUCUCAAUGUCCUCCAGGGAAACAUUAGGGAAGGUGUGAGCCUUAAUGAGAGAGCACAGGUUUUUUUUUAAAAGCACUCAGCACAUAUUAGUGCUCUGUGAACAUUGAGAACCUUCCCUCAACAUUUUGAAAAUGGUCCAGACACAUUUCAGUGCCACGGUGGGACAUGCACCACCAACCUCAGCUGGGUGUCUGAGAUGAUCUCCCAACGUUCAGAUUUGCACAACCAACUUUUCUGGUGAAGCAGGAAAGGGACUUGGGUGUCACUGGCAAAGGUGACGAAUGUGGCUCGUGAGUUCAUUCUGGCAGAACCUCCCCGGUCUCCUCACUCUUCCAGGUUGAAUCCUGGGCAGAUAUCACAUGAAAGCUGUGAAGCACAGACAUCAGUUUGGAAACUGUGUACUUUCCUCCUGGAUCCCAAAUGCACAAUAACUAGACACCUUGCAAUUGCAUGAAUCUAAAAGGACUCCUAUAUUAUACAUCUCUAUUACUCAACACCGGGUCAGAAUUUUGGCAGUCCAUGCUCUGCCCCUCCCCUCGGUUAGAAGCAUUGGUUCACAUGGAAGUGGUCUGGCAACAUAGGCGGACCCCACUUCCUUUUGGAUGUUCUGCCGUGGGACCCUCCCUUGGGUCCUGGAGCAGUGGCUGUCCCCAAACUCCUGCCUGCAGUGAAAUGAACAGAGCAAUCAGUCCUCGGAGAUGCCCAUCAGAUUCCUGACCAGUUGUGAAUCGGACUCAAUACCCAUUUCUGUGUUUUCAAGAUUUGUAAUGAUUGCUCAAUCUUGUGUAAAAUAGGCUGGCAUUUUCUCUUGUUACCAAGAUGUAUUUUUCUAUGUUAGUUAAAUGUAUAAUUUGUGUAAUUUUGUACAUUAAAAUGUAUCCUUUUUCACAGUUAAA